UUUGACAUUCAAAGUCCUAUGAAAACAUGGCGGCGCCCAUGACAUGGAAAAGACUUGUGUUCUCUUCGUAUACUCCUGCUUUCUCCUGGGUUUUCACGAGGAUAACAGACCGAUUUUUCAGGACACAUGAUCGGAGGCGAGGGUCCGCUGUGCUGCUCUUGGCCCCUCUCCUGGCAGAGGCGGACUCAGCCCCCCUGGCCUCCUCCAGACCUCCAGGCUUCACUGGUGUCGAGGGCCUCCACUCUCGCUUCCACUGGAUGGCUGAUCAUGUACCUGCUUUCAGGGUCCCUGGGGGCCACAUACACAUCCUUCACUCACCUGAUGAGUUUUAUCAAGCAAUGAAGGCUCGUAUCAAGACAGCCAAGAGUCGUGUGGUGAUGGCAUCACUGUACCUGGGUACAGGACCACUAGAGCAAGACCUGGUUGAUUGCAUGGAAGAGGCAUUAGAGCGCUCACAGGAAGAUCAUGCACCUGAUCUCAAAGUGUCUUUUCUGCUGGAUUAUACCAGAGGCUCAAGAGGUAAGCACAAUUCCCGCACAAUGUUACUGCCGCUGCUCCAGCGUUUCCCCGAUCAGAUGAGAGUGUCCCUGUACCACACACCAGACCUGCGGGGACUGUUGCGUCUUCUGGUGCCCGAACGCUUCAAUGAAACCAUCGGGGUGCAGCACAUCAAGGCAUACCUUUUUGACAACAGUCUCAUCAUCAGUGGGGCCAAUCUGAGCGACUCCUACUUCACCAAUCGUCAGGAUCGCUAUGUAGUUCUGGAGGACUGCGGGGAGGUGGCGGAUUUUUUUGCUGAACUCGUGGGAGCUGUGGGCGAUGUUUCAAUGCAGCUCCAGCCUGACAACAGUGUGCACAUGAUGGAGGGAAUGGUGCAUCCUUACAAAGGUAACAGAGCAGAUUUUUCUGCAUCAGCACAGAAACGGAUCAUGGAGGUGGUGACUACGGCCCGUGUCCGACAGAGCAUGCUGGAGACUGAAUGCCCAGAGGUUCCUGAUUCAGAUGGGAUGGUGCCAAAUGAUACCUGGAUCUUUCCACUCAUGCAAAUGAAGCCUCUGGGCAUUUACUUGGAUGAACAAAUAACCAAACAACUGCUCAUAGAGGCUGGUGGAGACUCUGUCAUCUACCUGACAUCGGGUUACUUCAACCUGACGCGCACCUACAUGCAGCUGGUGCUGGGUGCAGCAGGAGACUACCGAAUCCUCAUGGCCUCCCCCGAGGUUAAUGGCUUUUUUGGAGCCAAAGGAGUAGCAGGAGCAAUUCCUGAGGCCUACGUUCAUCUCGCCCGACAGUUCUACAAUAAGGUGUGUCAGCUGGGUCAGCAGAGCCGUGUCCACUUGCAUGAAUACCAUCGCCCCGAUUGGACAUUUCAUGCUAAAGGUCUGUGGUACUAUGUGGGAGGAAGAGACCACCCCUGCCUCACUCUUAUUGGCUCCCCAAAUUUCGGCUAUCGCUCUGUGCACAGGGAUCUUGAGGCUCAGAUCGCCAUAGUAACAGAGAAUGAGGAACUCCAGAUGCAACUGCAACAGGAGCAGGAGGAGUUAUACCAGAGCUCAACACAAGUGUCAAACUCCACAUUUAAUCAGCCGGACCGCCAUGUAAAGUUGUGGGUGAAACUUGUUACUCCCCUCAUCAAGAACUUCUUCUGAGUUCAACAGGCCUGAGGUGAUCGAUAUCUCACUGUCUAUGACAGGUUUGUUGCUAUCGUACCUUUUCAUCCUUUGCUGUAGAAGAUCAGGCAUCUUGAAGUGUUAGUUUUAGUUUCAGACAUGAGUAAUUCCUUCUGGAAAAUCCAUCUUAAGAUGGUAGCUGCGGUUUGGAACAUGGAAGCCGGUUAUUAGCCAGGCCAAGCUGGUUAUUAUCUGGUCCAAGCUGGUUAUUAGUUGAACCAGGCUGGUUAUUAGCUGGUCUAGCAGUGACCAUGUUCCAAAAACCAUCUUGACCACUUUAAAGUCAGAAUGAACCCUAUUUACU